UAUCUUUAGUUCUGUGACCUUUUCAUUAAGUUCCUAUAUGAUAUCAAUGAUAAUAUAUAUGUGUAUAAAACAUUAAAGCAAUAGGGAGAAAACAAAUUUAUCUUUUUAAAUACUUUUAGUUAUCAACGAAGAACGACGAGAUCGUGAACGUUUGCUGGGAUAUUACGCUUUUUUUUUUAAUUUAAAUAAAAGUUUUUAAUUUGGACAUUUGAAAAAAAAAAAAAUUAAAUAAAAAUGUUUCGUGUAACUAUUAAAAUUUGUCGUAAUUUUAAAUUUGGUGAAAAUUCAUCAACAAAAUUAGAAUCGAUUAUUAAUUAUGAGAGACGAUAUUUAUCGACACAAGAGGCGAAAAAAACUUGUCUUCAUGAUCUUCAUGUGAAACAUCAAGGCAAAAUUGUAAAUUUCUCCGGUUGGUUAUUACCAGUGCAAUAUAAAGAAGCAAUAGCUGCAUCACAUCAACACACGAGAAUGUUUGCGUCCUUAUUUGAUGUUGGACACAUGUUACAAACGCAUGUAACCGGUAAAGACGCAACUGAAUUCCUCGAAUCCUUGACCACAAGUGAUCUUAAAAAUCUCGGUCAAGGAUCAGCUACCCUCACUGUAUUUACCAAUCGAAAUGGAGGAAUUUUGGAUGACCUAAUUAUAACAAAAGAUCGUGAGGACAAAUAUUUUGUUGUCUCCAAUGCUGGUAGACGAAAUGAAGAUACACAAUUAUUAUUAGAAAAAAAAGAUGAAUUAUUAGCAAAUGGAAAGGAUGUGAAAUUAAAUUUUCUAGAUCCCCUCGAGCAGGGUUUAAUUGCCCUUCAAGGGCCAACAUCAGCAAAUUCAUUACAAUCGUUGUUAAACAUUGAUUUAAUGAAACUUCAUUUUAUGAAUAGUAUUGAAACUGAAAUUAUGAAUGAGACAGUAAGAAUAUCAAGAUGUGGUUACACUGGGGAGGAUGGCUUUGAGAUUUCAGUACCAGAAAAAAUUGCCGAACAAUUAGUGGAAAAAAUUUUGACGAUACCAGAUGUUAAACUCGCGGGACUUGGAGCAAGGGAUAGUUUAAGACUGGAGGCUGGUCUUUGUCUCUAUGGACACGAUAUCGAUGAAAAUACAACCCCCGUCGAGGCUACUCUAACUUGGCUUGUUGCUAAAAGACGUAGAGAAGAGGACAAUUUUCCAGGAGCAGAAAAUAUAUUGUCACAAAUAAAAAUGGGCGUGAUGAAAAAACGAGUUGGUCUUUCAAUGGGUCAAGGACCACCAGCAAGAGAAGGUGCUGCAAUUUUAACACCUGAAGGAGAAAGGGUGGGUAAAGUAACUUCCGGUGGACCAAGUCCUACUCUUGGAAGGCCCAUUGCCAUGGGCUAUUUACCCCCUAACUUAGCAAAAAAUGGUAAUUCUGUCCUUGUUGAAGUUCGAGGAAAAGUUUACAAGGCCAUUAUAACAAAAAUGCCUUUUGUCAAAACAAAUUAUUAUACCAAUAAAUAAUAAAUUUUUUAUUUAAAACAAAUUUUUGUAACGUUUUUUUUUUUAAAUUAAUAUAAUAAAUUUCAUAUUAUAAACUA